UCUACUCCAUUUGGAAGAGGUCCUUGACCUGUCCAAUCAAGCGGCUCAUGGAAGAUAUUACUGUAUUCAAUACUCUUGAGGGUGCAAUUCUUGAGUUCAUUAAUAUACAUGUUGCUUUUGCACAGUGCGCCCAAGGUGAGACCUCUACAUUGGAGCUGUCUCACUUCCACGCGGUUCAUAUGUUGGAAGCGCUGCUCCUCAACAAUCAGUUCCAUUCAGCUACCGUGAAGGGUUACCAUAUCUGCCAUAUAGCUUGUUCUGGUUGUGGUCUAUAAAUUCUGUUUCUCCCAUGGAGUGAGCUGAAAGCACAAGAGCUUGGAUCACUCUUUGUCGCAGUGUGGUCUAUAAAUUCUGUUGCCCUGCUGGAAUCUGCAGGUGCUUGUGGAACAAGAACAGAUGGUAAUCCCAAAUCAUGUCCAACAAUAUGUAGGAUAGAUUAUGGAUGUCAGCAUUGGAGUCUGACAACCCAAGUUGGGAAACUUAGUUGCAAGAUGGGAUUCAAAUGAGAUGGAUAUAUUCUGGCAUUCCUAUGGAAAGUUCAUCGUCAAUACAACAGUGGAUAUGCAGAUUCACCACAUCAGUUUCUGACAGAGUCCAUCAGGUGGAUCUAAUGAUAUCAAACAGUAUGCAGAGGCAUGGAGACCUAUCUAUGUUCAGACUCAUUUCUAAUCUGCAAAUAUCAUAUCUUAGGUAAAAGCAAGCAUUUCAAGAUCAGAGGUUUCUGAUCAUCUGCACGAGAGAAUUAUCACAUGAUCGUACAUUCUUUGCCAAACCCCAAACCCUUGCGAGUGGGCAUGUUGAGUUUAGCAUAUUCAAAACAAAAGGAGCUCAAUUACUAUACACCUGGUAUGAGUUGUCUGCAGAGGCACACUAGCAUCUCAAUUACUAUUCCCCUGGUAUGAGUUGUCUCAACAACUUUUCAAGCUCAUUCUUAUCCAAAGAUUUUAAAUGGAUGUAUCGCCACAAUGCAGCAAAGAUGAUCAAUCAUCCAUGUUGAAGAAAAGGAAAAAUAAAAUCAUACUUUGGAGUUGGAAAAUUUGUGGCCAUUGCUCUGUAAGAUCCUCUCAUAUCAAGCAGGCUGCAAUUCAUAGAUAACAUGUACUCUGCAGUGGGUGGCAAGAAUGAAUAAGUUGUUGGCUGAACUAUCUAUUUCAGCAAACUAAACAACACCUGUUGAAAGCCAGAAGUCAAUGUCCAGAAAAAAUACCACAUCUGUGAGAAAAAGGUGUAGACAUCCCUCCUGUAUCCCCUUAUUACCAGCAUUACUGACACAUUCUCAUCUAAGAAGUCCAUGUACCUCCAUGUAGGAGUAAGAUGGUUGGUUCAAAGGAGGGAAUGGCGACGGCGGGAGGCUGACAAGCUUUCUGCUGCCAUCUAAGGUUCUGUUGCUCAUGUUGUCGAAUUCUCAUUUGGUAGGAUCAACUGAAAUAAGGGAAUUUGACUCUGAUAUCCACCAGGCCAACCUUUAUGCAAGUUCAAGGAGUGUUGUCCCCAGGCAAUCUCCCAAGCCUCCAGGAGUGGCAGCAGAGAAAAGUUCCAUAUCAAGCUUUGUAGGGUGAUCAUGGAUGCCAAAAGAUUAAUAAUCUUCAUAUUAUGAAUAUUUUAAGAGGGGUAUAGAUACAAACCAAAUUUGUCAUGGAUAUGGGUUGAGAUGGAUUCUAGAUAUGUAUAGAAGUAAUUGUUAUUUGGAUUUAAGAUAAUACGAAACUGAUUAGAAGCUAUGAAGCACAAUGUUUAGGUAAGAUAAAUCAGACAAUACAUCUAUGUUCUUCUCAAUUGUGUUUAUUGCACAGGCAAGAACAUUUCACAUCAGACAUGGACUAUUUAGGUUUGCAUGACAGUUGAUAAGACAGGUCUUGUGAGCUAGACACAUUUGGCUUCUCUAAUCGUUUGCUGGCGCUGACCAUUCUUCAUCUAUUGCACUGACUCGUAGCUGAUCCAUCCAAGAAAGAAGAACCACCGAUGAGUUUGGCAGCCAUCGGCUGAAGAUAAGUUCUACUCGACUGCAGGUAACUAAGCUUAAAUUUCUCUGCCUGCUUGUUCCAGGAACGAACCGGAGAAGAAAAAGCCAAGUUACCAAUCUUCGGCAGCGAAGACGACGGCCCUUCUCCCAUUGGUUGAACCGUGGAUCCGAUCACGUCAGAUGCCCCGCGCAGCGACGUCUUGGUGGGACGCAUUCGAACACCCCACACGUGCGCUACUCGGAUAUUGGAGAUCUUCGGCAUCUACCUCGGAAUCUUGGUUUCGAGUUCCUCGCUUCGUGUUCGAUCAUGUCAACGGUGGGCUGUCAUAACUGCUUCUCUUCUGCUGCUGUCGUGCCACUCUGACCGAUCCUGAAGCUGGUGUCGUGUUCUUGGGAUCGAGCAAGAUGGCCUUGAAGGUGCUCACCGCGCUGGAUCACGCGAGGACGCAGUACUACCACUUCAAGGCCAUCAUUAUCGCCGGCAUGGGGCUGUUCACCGAUUCCUACGACCUCUUCUGCAUCGCCCCCGUGAUGAAGCUGAUCGGCCGGAUCUACUACGGCGACGCGCGGGCAGGCAAGCCCGGCGUGACGCCGCCGGCGGUGGCCUCUGCGAUGGUCGCGGUGGCGCUGGCGGGCACCGUCAUCGGUCAGCUCGUCUUCGGCUUCCUCGGCGACCGCAUCGGCCGGCGGCGCAUGUACGGCCUUUCGCUGCUCCUGAUGGUGGCCAGCUCCUUCGCCAGCGGAUUCUCCAUCUGCCGCACCCGCGGCUGCGUGCUGACUAGCCUCUGCCUCUUCCGCUUCCUGCUGGGCAUCGGCAUCGGCGGCGACUACCCACUGUCGGCCACCAUCAUGUCGGAGUUCGCCAACAAGCGGACGAGGGGGUCGUUCAUCGCCGCCGUGUUCUCGAUGCAGGGGUUCGGGAUCCUCGCGAGCUCUGCGGUGACCAUGGCGAUAACGGCGGCGUUCAACAGGGCGACGGAGAGGGGCGACGCCGGGCCGCUGCAGACGCCGGAGUCGGCCGACUUGGCGUGGCGGAUCAUACUGAUGGUGGGCGCCAUUCCGGCGGGGUUGACGUUCUACUGGAGGAUAGCGAUGCCAGAGACGGCCAGAUUCACAGCACUGGUAGAACAGAACGUGAUGAAGGCGACCGCCGACAUGGGGAAGGUGUUGGGGGGCUUGGACGUGCACAACUUCGCGGAAGACGCCGAAGCCCUGCGCAGGUCACCCCAGCCUCGUCCUCCCUCCUACGGCCUCCUCUCGCGGCAGUUCCUGCGCCGGCACGGCUGGAACCUCUUCGCCUGCGCCAUGGCGUGGUUCCUCGUCGACAUCCCCUACUACAGCAGCACCCUCUUCCAGUCCCAGAUCUACCAGCCCUUCUUCCCCCGCCCCGAACACGUGAACGCCUACCAGGACGCCUACAACGUGGCCAAGUUCCAGGCCAUCAUCGCCGCGGCCUCCACCAUCCCCGGCUACUUCGCCACCGUCUACUUCAUCGAACGCGUCGGCAGGCGCAGGAUUCAGAUGAUGGGGUUCUUCUUCAUGGGCCUCUUCCUCUUCGCCUUGGCAGGCCCCUACGACAAUUACUGGAACCACCACACCAACGCCGGUUACAUCGUCCUCUACGCCCUGACCUUCUUCUUCUCAAACUUCGGACCCAACACCACGACCUUCAUCGUGCCCGCCGAGCUGUUCCCGGCGCGGUUCCGCUCCACGUGCCACGGCAUCUCCGGGGCCGCCGGCAAGGUGGGCGCCAUCAUCGGAGCAAUCGGAUUCCUCUGGGCCUCUCAGGCGAGGAACAAAGAGGACGUGGCCAGCGGGUGGAAGCCGGGAAUUGGAAUGAUGAACGCCUUAAUAAUCUUGGCUGGUGUUUGCAUGAUAGGAGCAGUACACACCUAUCUCUUCACGCCGGAAACGAAGAUGAGGUCUUUGGAGGAGAACGAGGGAGGGGGAAGCCAAGAUGGAGACAGCCAUGAGGACGUCGAUGGAGAGGAGAACAAGUACAGUACACCAAGCCCUCUCAGUGUUCAACCUCUAGUCGGGCAAUCUCCAUUGCAGUCUCCUGGAUAGUUACUGUGUAUCAGAUUAAGAAUGUCAUUUCCACACAUCGAGAUCAAAGAAUUGGGUCAUUUAUAGGAUCUGUGGCAUAGGAGACAGUUUUAUGUUCCUUUUUAUAUUGAAGACAACACUAGAGAACCUGUUUACUAAACAACAAUAAAAAUAAACUUAAUGUAUUGCCAUCAUGCUUGGCAUCAUUUGA